AUGAUGCUUCGUCGUAUGAUUUAUUUAUCAAUAAAAGAAAUGUCAACAGUUGCAAAUGAUGUUAUUAUUGUAACAUCAAGUUUAACUCGUGAUAUGACUGAAAAAGAAGAUUCUCAUCGUGGACCAGCUAUGCGAGCUUUAUGUAAAAUUACUGAUGCAUCAAUGAUGCAAAGUGUUGAACGAUAUAUGAAACAAGCAAUUGUUCUGAAAAAAUUAAUUGUCAAAUUUUCUAAAGCUGGUUUUCGAAGUCCAUAUGCAUAUUGUUUUCUGAUUCGUAUUGCAGCUAAUCUUAUAAAUGAAGAAGGCGAAGGAAGGGAUAGUCCAAUGUAUGAUUUUAUUGAUUCAUGUUUACGUCAUAAAAAUGAAAUGGUUAUUUAUGAAGCUGCAUCAACAAUUGUAUCACUUAAAUGUGUUACACCAAAAGAACUUAGUUCAGCUGUUAAUGUUCUUCAAUUAUUUAUUUCAUCACCUAAACCUGUUUUACGUUAUGCAACUGUUCGAACACUUAAUAAAGUUGCUAUUCAAUAUCCAGCAGCUGUAACAGCUUGUAAUGUUGAUCUUGAAACAUUAAUUACUGAUUCAAAUCGAUCAAUUGCAAUAUUAGUUAUAACAACUCUUCUUAAAACGGGUAAUGAAGCAGGUGUUGAUUGA